AUGCAUCGGCCAUCAAAGGCGGAUCAACUCACUUUAGUCGUUGUUGGAGACCAAACAAGCAAUGUAUCUGCAUUAAUCAAACGACUCUUGCUUGGUGCACCCCAUAGUGUCGCUCAGAGUUCCUUCGUUCGCGAUGCUAGUGCAGCGUUGAGGGCCCAGUCAGAUCGUCUUCGACCUUUCCAAAGAGAACACCUGCCUUAUUUCAAGGAUAUUCAUGAACUUGCCAGGAUCUACUAUGACACAAAUGGAGUCUGUCAUCCAUCCAUUAGUAGCGCCCUGUUGUGUGUGACUCAGUUGUUGCAAGUCAUUCGAUAUUUCGAAGACCGAGGUCGCCAGCCCGAGAAUAACAAAAAUAUUGCAGUAGUCGGUCUAUGUACUGGAUCACUUGUUGCCGCGGCCUACGCUGCGUCGGCAUCACUUGAUGACAUCAAGACACUUGCCGUCCCUGCGGUCUCGAUGGCCUUCCAAAUGGGCCUUCAAGCAGCGACCGCAAGCAGCAUGCUGCACGAGCAGGGGAACUCUCCUGAGAGCUGGUCGAUCGCCAUUCCCAAGAUCACAGAAGACGAGGCGCUGUCAGCCCUGAAGAUUUAUGAUUCCGGGAGCCAUUUAUCCCUGCGGCAUCGCUGUUUUGUGAGCGCCGUUGGGUUAAAGAGUGUUACCAUCAGCGGCUCACCACCGGCUUUGAAUCGCUUUGCAGAGAGCUUGACGACUUCUCAACCUUCCAGAAAUGUCAUCCGGUUGCCGAUAUUUGCGGCCUAUCAUGCAUCCCACGUCCAUACGGUACUGGAUUUCUCGAGCUUUCUAUCUCGGUGCGGUAUCGACGCCAGCCUUCUAAGCAGCUUCAAGACUGUCAAAACUCUCAUCUCUCCACUGACAGGCCAGCCAGUGGAGUCCAGCAAUGCCCUGGGCCUGUUCAAGACGGUCGUUCAUCACACCCUACAAGCACCACUGCGGUUAGAUUUAAUCGUCAACCGGCAUCUAUCUCUAAUCCGAGAAGAACUUAUCGCCCAUGUCGACAUUGAGGUAGUUGGUCCGACCUCGGUUGGAGACAGUCUAGCUUCAGUGUUCAAGACUCACACGACAGCAAGUGUGCGGACACACGAGCUGAGUGCCCUGGAUCCGCUUGUCAACGACCAUCAACCGUCUGCUGUUUUCAACAACGCACCGCUGGCAAUCGUAGGUUUGUCAGGCCGGUUUCCUGGUGCGGAUAGCGCUGAAGCUCUUUGGAGGGUCUUGGAAGAAGGGUUAGACCUUCACAGAACGGUGCCACGUGAUCGCUUUGACAUCGAGACACAUGUCGACCCUUCGGGGAAAGCGAAGAAUACAAGUUGGACUCCUUUCGGCUGCUUUAUUGAUCGCCCUGGUGAUUUCGAUCCCAGGUUCUUCAACAUGUCCCCCCGCGAAGCCCUUCAGACAGAUCCAAUGCAGCGUUUGGCUCUUGUCACGGCAUACGAGGCCCUGGAGAUGGCAGGAUUUGUCCCCGAUCGUACUCGCUCCAGUACUCUUGACAGGGUAGGAACCUUUUACGGCCAGACGAGUGAUGAUUAUAGAGACGUGAAUGCAGCCCAAGAAAUUGGAACCUACUUCAUCACGGGAGGUAUUCGGGCGUUUGCUCCGGGUCGCAUAAACUACUUCUUCAAAUUUGAGGGACCAAGCUAUAGCGUUGAUACGGCUUGCUCAUCAAGCCUUGCUGCUAUCCAGCUCGCAUGCACCUCACUAUGGAGUGGUAACUGCAACACUGCGGUUGCGGGAGGCCUCAGUGUGCUUACCUCUCCAGACUUGUUUUCAGGACUAAGUCGCGGCCAGUUUCUCUCCCAAACUGGUUCAUGCAAGACUUUUGACAACAGCGCAGACGGCUACUGCCGUGCUGAUGGCAUAGGUAGCGUGGUAAUCAAGAGAUUGACAGAUGCAGAGCUGGACCGAGACAACAUCCUCGCGGUUAUCUUGGGUGCUGGAACAAAUCACUCCGCCAAUGCCAUCAGCAUUACUCAUCCGCAUGCACAGGCACAAUCAAGCCUCUACCGCGAGGUUCUCGAGCAAUCAGGUAUCGAUCCCCUAGAUGUAGGGUAUAUUGAGAUGCACGGGACCGGUACGCAGGCAGGCGAUGGGACUGAGAUGAAGUCCGUUGUCGACGUCUUCGCGCCUACUAACCCUAGUCGGGCUGACGACAAUCCACUUUAUGUUGGGGCACUCAAGGCGAACAUUGGUCAUGGAGAGGCGUCCUCCGGUGUAGCGUCACUGAUCAAAGCAAUUUCUGUGUUGAAGAAUUCAGCAAUUCCUCCUCACAUUGGGAUCAAGGAUAAGAUCAACAGUGGAUUCCACGAACUUGAAGCGCGGAAGGUUCGAAUCGCUAUGAAGAAGACACCAUUCCAAAGCACAAACGGCAAGAAGCGAACUAUACUAGUCAACAAUUUCAGUGCUGCUGGUGGCAACACUGCUCUCCUGAUCCAAGAACAUCCGAGUCCAAUUAUUCAGCAAGAUGUGAAGCCUCGUCUUCUCCACCCCGUCACGGUGUCUGGACAUACAAAAGCUGCAUUGCGAAAUAACCUGGACAGAUUGAUUGAUUAUUUAUCCGCAAACCCACUCGUGUCGCCAGUUGACCUCUCGUACACCACCACGGCCCGUCGGAGACACCAUGCCUUCCGCUUGACUGUGACGGAAACGGGCAUUGAGCGUAUCACGAGCGCCUUGGAAAACAAGCGCGAUUCAGUCUCAACAAUUUCAGCCACCCCAGGUAUUUCGAGGCCCAUUGUCUUCGUUUUCACAGGGCAAGGCGCAGCAUACCCCAAGUUGGCACACGAGCUAUACUCCACAUCAAGCCAGUUCCGAGCAGACAUUGUCCAUUUUGACGGUAUUGCUCGACAGCAAGGCUUCCUUUCCUUCCUUCCGCUUAUCGAUGGCAGUAUAAGUGACAUCUCCUUGUUGUCCCCUAUGCAAGCUCAAAUUGGCCUUGUGUGCAUCCAAAUAGCCUUGGCUCGUUUGUGGAAUUCCUGGGGUAUCAAGCCUGCCGCUGUGGUGGGUCACAGCUUGGGAGAAUAUACCGCCCUUCAAGUGAGUGGGGUACUAUCUAUCAGUGAUACCAUUUUCUUGGUAGGAUACCGAGGGCGGUUGCUCGAGAGUCGUUGUGAGAUGUAUUCACAUGCUAUGCUCGCUGUGCAAGACUCUUCCUCCACACUCGACUUGGUUUCUUCUGAGAUUGCCUCGGGCGUGGAAAUUGCCUGCAUCAACAGCCCUCGUGAGACAGUAUUCUCUGGUGACAAAGCUGCUAUUGAAAAGUUCGAGGCAUACCUAGUAACGAAGAAAAUCCGGGCUACCAAGCUCCCGGUUGCUUACGCUUUCCAUUCUGCCCAAGUCGAUCCGAUUCUUGACGACCUUGAGGAAGUUGCAAAAGUUGUCAAUAUGGGGAAGCCACAUAUUCCUGUCAUUAGCUCCCUCAGCGGUCGAGUCCUAGGCCCUACGGAUCACAUCGACGCACAAUACAUCCGCCAGCAUUGUCGACGUAUGGUUCAAUUUUCGAGCGCCGUGAAGGAUGCCAAAAAUACAGAACUGAUUCAGGACUCUACUUUAUUCAUUGAGAUCGGUCCUCACCCAAUCUGUUCGGGUAUGAUACGGUCGAUUCUUGGUGAAAAUGUCCAGACUCUGCCUACUUUGAGAAAGAAUCAAGACCCCUGGGAGGUUAUUGUGAAGAGCCUUGCUUCGCUUCAGGACGCGGGUUUUGCAAUCAACUGGUCGGAAUAUCAUCGGGACUUCGAACGAGCUUGUCGUCUUUUAACUCUCCCUGCCUACGCAUUUGACAAUAAAAACUAUUGGAUCGAGUACAGGAACGACUGGACCUUGAGGAAAGGUGAUCCUUUGCCAAUCACAAGUGGGAACACUGAGGCCAAACAGGAGUCAAAGACGCUAUCCACCUCUGUCCAUCGAGUCAUGGAGGAGAGAUAUGACGGAGCGAAAGGGCUCGUUGUCUUUGAAACAGACCUCUCAUGUCAAGAGAUCUAUACUGCCAUCAGUGGACAUCGUGUAAACGGUUCUGCUCUGUGCCCUUCUUCUUUGUAUGCCAACAUGGCUUUGACAAUAGGUCAAUAUCUUCAGAAGCACCCGGAUUCUGGCCUCAGGUCGGCUGGACAGACGAUCGACGCAAUGGAAAUCCAGCACCCGUUGAUCAUCAAAAGCUCUCAAGAUGAAGAAUCCAGGAUACUUCAAAUAUAUGCACGCCUCGAUGUUGCUUUACAGACAGUCGGUCUUGAGUACGCCACAAUUUCUGCAAACCAGAAAUCCAAGACAAUACAUGCCACUUGCCGUAUACAAUCUGGCUCGGCCGAAUCGUGGCUUCGGCGAUGGUCACACGAUUUCCACCUAAUUCAAGAUCGCAUACUCGCUUUGAACAAGCUCGCCAACUCGGGAGAAAUCAACCAAAUAACAACAGGGCUGGCAUAUCGGCUUUUUGCAAGCCUGGUCAAUUAUUCUCCCCAGUACCAAAGGAUGGAUCAGGUUCUACUUUCCAGCAGUCUCUUUGAGGCUACUGCAAAUGUGAAACUAGACGUCCGUGGAGAUGACUCGAGCUUUGAUUGGAACCCCUAUUGGAUUGACGGUCUACUGCACAUCUCUGGAUUUGCCUUGAAUGGCAACGAAACCCUCAAUCCUGAUGAAGCGGUUUAUAUCUCUCACGGCUGGGAUACUCUACGGUUCGCUAAACCGUUGAGACCUGACACCCGCUAUCAAACAUACGUGCGGAUGCUUCCCCGAGAUAUGACCAUGUUUGGAGGGAACGUGUGGAUUCUCUGUGACGGGGAAGUGGUAGGUUUGGCUGAGGACGUUCGUUUUCAGCGAGUACCACGAGCAGUCCUCAACAUGCUCCUACCUCCUCUUGUCCUUAAGGGAGCCAGAAAGAAAAAUUCGCCUUUGCCUGCCGCUCAAGCCCCUGGGGUGGCAAGGCCAACGACAACCGGACGGGACAAUCCAAAAGCCCAUUUACCUCCACAACGAGAGGCCUUUCUUCACUCCAUUGCUUCUGAGUUAGGACUUGAGGCUUCGGAGAUUUCGCCACAUGACAAACUAGCUGAUUUGGGUGUGGACUCCUUGAUGACAUUGACACUGGCUGGCAACCUACUGGAUCAAUUUGGUCUCGAAGUAUCCCACAACGAAUUGAUGAGCCUGCCUACAAUUAGCGAGCUGCUGGAUAUCCUGGAACAGAGGUCACCUGGUGAUGCUAUGUUGUCUCCACCCUUUACUACGCAAGAACUCGCGGCUCCUGCGAUAUCCUCCCAGUCUUCAGAUUCUUCACUAUCAUUCACAACUGAGACAUUCACUCCCAACAGUGACAACGGUGAUACUGCCGAGUUAGUGAGAUCCAUCAUUAUUGAAGAAACCGGUAUUUUGUUUGAAGACCUCGAGUUCUCUGCGGACUUGGGCUCGCUCGGGGUUGAUUCCCUAAUGGGUCUGACCGUUUUGGGCAGACUAAGGGAGGCAGGCGUCGAGCUUGAGACAAACUUCUUCCUAGAAAACCGGACGAUGGGUGAAGUGUUUAAAGCCCUAUCUUGUCCACCAGUGACUGAGAAAACCAAGUCACCAGUCACAGACAAAGUCGUUUACAAUGGCAAGAGUGCUGCGAAUCCGCUCCCCAUCCAGUCUGACGCCCGAUUUCGAGCCAAGGCAAUUCUCCUCCAGAGACGGUCAGACCCCUCCAGUACGGAGAACCUUUUCCUCUUUCCAGACGGAUCAGGAUCACCAUCGUCAUACGCUGCCUUGGAGCAGAUCAACCCAAAGGUCAAUGUGUAUGGCCUCGUUUGCCCCUUCAUCGACUCACCGGGCGACUACACAUGCGGCCUUGAGGCAAUAGUGAAAAUCUACUUGGCAGUGAUCAAGGAGACCCAACCUCAAGGACCGUAUCAUUUCGGAGGGUGGUCUGCUGGAGGCGUCUUGGCAUAUGAAGCUUCGAGGCAAUUGAUCGAAGCGAACGAACGGGUCCGGUCACUGCUUCUCAUUGAUGCGCCGUGUCCAACAGUGCUUCCUCCAAUGCCAUCUUCGCUCAUCGAAUUCUUGGAGUCAAAAGGUCUUUUCAGCCAAUUCCAGGACAAACCUGCCCAGAGAUCGAAGGAGAGGCGACACAGUGUCCUGAAACAUUUUGAAUCCACUGUGCAAAACUUGUCACUCUAUAACCCAAUUCCCAUCAUUCCGGCCGCAGAGGCACCAGAAACUGUGGUUUUGUGGGCUCAAGAAGGGGUGAGCAAUGGUUCAAGGCCUGUCUUACACGAUGCAGCAUCAUCAGACGCAACUGUGUCUUGGAUAUUGGAUGACCGGAACGACUUUAGUCCUCGAGGCUGGGAGAUGUUAAUUCCAGACCAAAGGAUUUCCACCCUCCCAGUCCCUGGAAAUCACUUCACGAUGAUGUCCGGCCACAAGAUUGUCGCCAUAUCGAGGCAUUUGCAGGAACAUUUUUCAAGAUAUCAAAUGGGCAGAUAG